GGGGGGGGGGAGAGAUGACUGACACCACAAGAAAUAACUUCCAGGUUGGUUUCACUUUAAAAGGAUGCUCUGCGAUUUAAGCGUCGCCGUCUUCCUUGUCUGGGCCACACUCGGCGCGCACACUGCUGGUCACCCCUGCCUGUGUUCGGCCCUCGCGCCCGCCGGCGGCCUGCAGGUCAACUGCAGCUCUUUAAACCUCGCGGAGCUUCCUCGGCUGCCGUCGGACGCCACGGAGCUGCACGUGCAGGACAACCGGCUCACCUCGGUGUCUCCGGGCCUCUUUGACAGGCUGGUCGGCCUGAAGAAGGUCUCGCUGUCUGGGAAUCCUUUCCACUGCGACUGCAGGAUCCAAUACCUGAGGAACUGGUUGCUAAAGAACAGGGCCGUUGUCUCCGUGGAGCCCACCUGUGCCAGUCCAAGCUCCGUGGCCCAGAGAGCCAUCGCCGAACUCGGUGACGACUUCUUCUCCUCCUGCGCCGCGGCAGGCUGCGCCGGUGGGACCUAUGACACCGUGGUGGGAGGGAUGCUCUGCUGCCUCAUUGUUCUGCUCCUGUGGAGCCUGAGACUGGCCAAAAUGUCUACCGUCACGCUGCACAUACAUGAGAGGCAUUCGGGGUUCCAGGCCGAGUCUCUGCGCUCACGGAGGCCCAAGCACAGGAGGAGGUCAGCGAGGUCAGAGGUCAGCGAGGAGUUUGUCACUUGUGCACGGGACAUAGAAAAGACAAUCGUCAACAUGGAGUUACUGCCACAGGACGUGUUGCACAAGAAGCACCGUAUAAAGAUAAAGGCUAUCUAAGCGGCCUGCUGCACUGGAAUUACAAUAACACUACAAGGGGAAAGUGGCACUAUUUGUUUUUGUAAUAGUUGUUUUUAAUGCUAAACUGCUAACGCCAUGUCUCCUGAGACUUCUUCUGGGUUUCUCACAAUGCAACCUGAUGCUAAUCUGUGACAUUUCAUUAGGCAGAACAUACAUAUACACUACAUUAGAAAAUAUAAAAGGCUAUUUUGGCUUGUAUUGGUAGUGCCCAAAUAUUCAUCAGUCUAUAAUAUUCAUGCUAUAUAUUUUUAUGAUUGAUAUGUCGGUCCUGCAGGACUCUCACAAGAGGAGUGAGCUACUUUUUAAAAGAAAAGAGACGGUGCAUAACUUGUAGAACAUAAUCUACACUGUUCUGUCUGUUACAGAAGCCUAAUAGACCCUUUUUAGUGCCACCGUCAUGAUUAUGUCAAGGUGUUGGUAAGAUAUCAAAAAAAAUAUUUUUUGACUGUACUAGUCAAAAACUAAAUUUAAGACAUUUUGAAGUCCAUAAAAAGUCGCUGUUUUAACAUUUAUUAGCUAGACUGGAUAUAUUGCAUUAUCUGUCUUUUAAUUAUAGAGAGUCCAAAAAAAAAAGACAAUUAAAAAAAGACAUUUUUUUUUUUAAUCUGCAGAAUAAUUAUUACAUUUUCUUUUAUAUACCACCUCAAAUAGUCAUAAAGUCGUGUUUUUGGUAAUGCAUGUAAACAUGUAACAGUAAAUUGAGAUCAAAAUAUGCACCCGGAAAAAAAGAGCAUAAUAGCAUCAUUUUAGAUUUUGUGUCUUUAUGUGGUCACAGAUGUCCUCAAUUUAAAUUAAUCAAACAAUUAAUAAUGUAUUUCCCUCGUUCUUAAGAGCUAUGUUCACUUUAACUGAUGACGGACAGCGUACCAUGAACCAAUAUAUCUAAUUUCCACAGGUGCAUGUUUUUUUAUAUUUGUUCAAACUUUAUUUUGAAAACCGGAUGUGGUCACGCGUCUAUUCCCCAACCGCCUCCGCCAAGUCUCGCUACCGCCUCUUUUCGAAAAUGUAAUAUAAUAUAAUAUUCAUGGCAAAAUUCCAUGAGAAAUGUAAUUUCUUUGUCACACUUCCUUUGUAAUUGUUAAUUUUAUUAACAAUGUCAUAGAAAAUAUCAUAUAGUAUAGUAUGCUAUGAAAAAUGUCAUAUGGUUGAAUGCAUUUAUUGUAACAAAUAAAUGUAAUGUAAAGUAAUAAUAUAGCACGUCAUGAAAAAUAGCAUUCUAUAGUCAUCAUAAAAAAUGCCAUAGUAUAGUAUGCCAGACAAAUUUCCAGAGAAAUGUAAAAGUAAAGAAGGCAAUAAAGAAUGUUGUAGUAUAGUAUGCCGUAAAAAUACUACUACUAUACUAUAGUAUGACAUAGUAUAUAAAUGUUAUGACUUUUUUGGCAUACCAAACAGUCAUUUGUUUAUGAUUUUGUUAAUGACAUACUAUACGAUAACAUUUACAUUGUUUUACUUACUUAUGGCUCGUUGUUGCACUCCAUAUCAACACAAUUUUGGAAUACAAUGACAUUUUUCAUAGGAUUCUUCUGACAUAUUUUUAAAAUCGUAAAAUCAAUUAAAGCGCUGACAUUUUUUGUACCAUU